CUGGGAGUUCACGGAGUUGCACUUCCGACACUGAAUAGCUAGUCGGUGCAAUGAAAAAUGGCGUUGACUAAACCAGUGUCUCUAGAUUCCUGUGUGAUAAAAAGGCUCAAGGAUCCAAUAAAUAGCAGGUAGGCCCAGAGGACACCAACGGACUAAAUCGUUCGUAAGCUUCAUCAUGCAAGGCUCUAGCUUCGCUCUCCUGUUCUUUGGAGUCGUCUCCAUCUUUAUCCUUGGUACGGCACAAGGAAGUACUUUGUCUGGUGUCUGUGACCAAGGUUGGCUUCGCUUCGGUGACUACUGCUACCUUUACACUACGGACAUUAUGGUAGAUUUUUAUGAAGCUAGAGGUUAUUGUAAGGGCGAAGGCGCUGACUUGGUUAGCAUCCAUAGUCAAGAGGAACAAACGUUUUUAUAUGAUAAUCACUAUCCUGGUUAUACGUACUGGGUGGGAUACACCGAUUUGGCCAGUGAAGGUAAUUUCAUCUGGACGGAUGGUACACAGAAUACUUACACUAACUGGGCUCCUGACGAGCCAGACAACGCUGGUGGUGAGGACUGCGCCUAUAUGGACCCGGGUUUCUACGGACCAGGGGGAAACUGGAAUGAUGUCCCAUGCUCCAAGCCCUACCUUAUCAUCUGCAAAAAACGAAUUACCCCGUCAAGCUGUGAUGACAAACCUUGUCAAAAUGGGGGAGUUUGUGAAAGCGUCUCAAAUGGUGGCUACCAGUGUAAAUGUAAAGGUGGAUACUCGGGCAAGAAUUGCCAAAUAGACUACUACUGUGAGUCUGAUUGGUAUCACUCGGGAGACUUCUGCUAUCUUUUCCGGGACGAGUUCAAAUAUUUCAACGAUCGGCAAACCUGGGACGGAGCUGAAACCAAGUGUCAGUCCUACGGGGGAAAUCUUGUCAGCAUCCACAGCAAGGAGGAAAACGACUUCAUCUUUGAUCACAUGGGCUACAGUAAAGGUCGCUUUUAUAUUGGUUUCACGGACAGAGUAACAGAAGGCACGUUCGAAUGGAGCGACGGGACAAAGGCAGACUUUGUAAACUGGCACCCCAGGUUGCCUGACAACAAUGGAAACGAGGACUACGCCUUCAUCAAUCCUGAAUUCUAUGGCUCACUUUGGGCCGACGCUUAUGGCGGUGCACAUUACGGUUAUGUGUGCAAGAAACCUGCAUCAUUGUGUCAACCAAAGACGUGUCAGAAUGGGGCUACUUGCAUUGAUUUGGUCGUUGACUACCAGUGUAAUUGUCUUGACGGCUUUGAGGGGAAAAACUGCGAGACCAACAUUGAUGAUUGUGCAGAGCAGCCAUGCUUAAACGGAGGGGCUUGCGUCGAUCUGGUCAAUGGCUACCGAUGUGACUGUUUGGAUGGCUUCGAAGGAAAAGACUGUGAGAUCAAUACCGACGACUGUGCACUGAUAACAUGCAAGUCUGGUCGUGUCUGCGUGGACGGAAUCAACUCGUAUUGCUGUCUCCCUCAGUCUUAAAUAUAUAGAGAGGGCAAUGCAUGCAAAUGAGCUUACCCAUUUACAACUAUCAUCAGAUCACAGCUUACCAAAAAUCAAGCGAUUUCCAACCUUUUAAUUCAUAAAGAUACGAACGAAAAAGAAUAGAGAAGAGUGAAGUCUAAUCAAAGCCCCCAAAACUGACAGUCUCUAGUUAAUCAACAGAUGUCACAGUUUCUUAGACGUGUUGUAUCCCCAGCAUGGAAACCCACACCAGAAGAAGAUAACCUUUCUCUUUGAUGGGUGUCAAGCAUUCAACAUUGAAUUUCACUUUUCCGAACAUAACUGCCGGUUAUUGUCUUUCUCUCUGACUCUUUUAAAACCUGGCUUUGGGGUGUUGUUAAAAUUUCAAAUCUGAGUGCAGUUUUAAAUUAACAUGCAACGGAGAUGCUCUUUAAGAAAAACCCGCAAAAUUGGCGUUCAAUUUCUGUACUGCUUUGACGAUCAGAGGAAAACUGUAUAACGAAGUCAUCUGCUACCACCAAUAUACAACGCUUGAGUCAAGGAAACUGUGUUAAUCUAUCGACAGUGUUAAUUUCCACCUUGAAAUGGAAAUGCAAGGCAGUGUUCUAUUAGAAAGAAAUGACAUGAGGAAAAUAAGUAAAACCCUUGACUAAAAACGAUUAUUAAAUACAAAUUUCAAUUGAAAUUAAAACUGAUCAAACGUCAUAUUACACUUGCAUUUACAAUUCUGAAUAAAUAUAACGUUUCAUUUUGAGCAAA